AUGUCAGUGCAAAAUAUCAAUAUAGUUGAGCCUGCCUCAUACACAACACAGGCAAAACUUCUUCUUUGCCAACUUCUGUAUGAUGUGGCAAAGUUUACGCCGAAAAAAUUCACCGCAGAGAAUAUCUUAGGGAGUUUCAAGAAGCAUCCAUUGAUAAAAGACCCGGAUAUGAAGUUGAAUGUAGAUCAACUCCUCGAACUAGUGAAUAAUAUGAUGCUAGAGAACAAGAUGAUUCAGCCGGAGAAUCUGCCGGGCAGCAUAGAGGAGUAUAAGACAAAAGUGGAUAUAAUAGCGAGUGUGUGCAACAUCUAUUUCUUUAAGCGAAUUGAAGAGAUUGAGACUAGGCUUAAGAAGAACAAGGAGGAGUUUAAAGCUGAGUAUGACCACAUUAAAAAAAGCCAGGAGGACCAGCACAAAGUGAACACAUAG